AAACAUAUGAUUCAUCUUUGACUUUAACUUUCAAAUUUAUGUUAAACAUUAAAAAAAUUAAAAAGUUAAAGAAAAGAAAGAAUAUCAAGAAUAUAUCUUCGAGUGCAAAUUUUUAAAAAUCCAUGAAAUAAAAAUGUCUUUCAACAUCUCCACGAUGCCCUCUAGUCGAAUCUCUAUCAUUCUGACGUACGGUUGUCAUAUCGCGCACUGAACUUGCUUCAUUCUCUCACAUCGCCUAUCCGAAUGUAAAGUAAACGUGAUCGCGCUUCGAAGGAGAACCAAAGGAGAAACGGGUUUGACAGAGCCCAAAAGAAGACAGAGAACUCGACGAGAUCCUCCUGAGAUCAUCCUUCCCACUCUAGAUGUUGCUUGCGGAAUACGCAUCUCAUCUUUUAAGGUGACCGUGUGAUUUCGUCGAAGAAAUGGAGGCACGCAUUCGGCCGUCGACAUCGUGCCUCCAAUGCUCCGAAAACCUCGUCCAAGAGAACGAGACGUAACCGAUCCCGAGAACGAUGAAGCUAUCGACGAUCAUCAACAGCAGCAACAGCAGCAACGGUUCAUCAGUAAACGUUACCAGUCUUUCCACCGUUUUCCCUAUUCCCUGCGACAACUUCACCGAAUUCGUCAACCACAAUGGUCUCGUUGGACAAUCGGCCGAUUACUUGUCAUCCGAGAAUGUUACGUGUCUGAAACACGCGCCUAAACUGACCAAAGCGGUAUAUCGUCAAGUCAUUGUGUUGGCGAUUAUGUCGGUUCUAAGCCUUGUCUGCAAUGCGGCGACAAUAUACUCAAUCGCAAAAAAUCGUCGAAAGCAGCGAGGCUGCUCGGCAAUCUACACCCUCAUCCUUCAUUUGUCGGUGGCCGAUCUGUUGGUCACCAUCUUCUGCCUGGCCGGCGAUGCAAUUUGGAGUUACAAUGUCGCGUGGUUGUGGGGCAAUGCUGCAUGCAAGAUUUUCAAGUUCCUACAAGUGUUCAGCUUGUACUUGAGCACCUUCGUGCUCGUGCUGAUCGGCGUCGAUCGAUUUGUCGCGGUACGAUAUCCGAUGAAGGGUCUCAAUACAUCUCAGAAGUGUUCGCGAUUCAUUCUACUCGUUUGGGUGCUGUCUUUUGUGCUCGCCACUCCACAGAUAGCGAUAUUUCAUGUUGCACAAGGACCAUUUAUCGAGGAAUUUCCACAAUGCGUAACCCAUGGCUUUUACACCGAAGCCUGGCAGGAACAGCUUUAUGCUAGUUUCAGCUUGUUCUUCAUGUUCCUCCUGCCAUUGGCGAUUUUAAUUACCACAUAUGUAUCUACGGUGAUUACCAUCUCCCAAAGUCAGAAAAUGUUCAAAGCGGAGCCUACGAGGGGAACGUACAUCAGAAACAGCGACCUAAAUAGGAGAAGACUGUUGCACCGGGCGAAAACAAAGUCAUUACGUAUUAGUGUUGUUAUUGUAGCGGCAUUUGUAAUCUGGUGGACGCCGUACUACACAAUGAUGAUAAUCUUCUUGUUUCUCGAUCCCGACGAACACCUCAGCGAGGAGUUACAGAACGGAAUAUUUUUCUUUGGCAUGAGCAAUAGCUUGGUAAAUCCUUUGAUAUAUGGUGCAUUUCAUCUUUGGCCGCAGAAACAACGGCAAGGCUCUUAUCAAAGAUCUGACCUUAUGAUGCGGAGUACGACGAGAAAACCCAUGCAAAGUAAAUCGUCGUCGCUUCUCUCUCAUCAAGAAAAUUGCUGUAAACUGUAGCAACAUCAAAUGUAAUAUUUUACCAAAUAUGAUUAGUAUCUAACAUAAAAACAACAUUGUGUGAAAUCAUAUCGAAAGAUGAUAGCGUACAUUGUAAAAAAAGCAUGUUAAAUUAUACUUAUUGUGCAUGUAAUUCUGUAAUAUUUUUUUAACAAUGUAAACUAUACAUAGUGAAAAAUGGAGAAAAGCUUUACUCCGCCAUGUUCUUCAUAUCAAACAUCAUUUAAGUAAGGAAUUUUAUAAAUAAAAAUUACUCUUUGUAUGGAAAAGAGAAUCUUAAAUAUAUAAAAUAAUAUAAAAUAACUUUAUUUUAAUAGAACAAACACAUUGCAAGAAAUAUAUAAAUUAAGUAU